GUAGUGCACUUGUGUGAGUGAUUUGGGAUACGACUUAUGAAGGUUUCCCACCUGCUCCUUCUGGAUAUUCCUAAAAUAAAACAAAAAACAAUCAAUUGACCACUUAUUUUUGAAAUUCCGUGUUCGCGCGCGCUUUUAUUUAGCACCAGCGGAGCCGGUUUGAAUUAGCUACACACACGCACGCGCGCGCGCACACACACACAUAUACACACAGCCGCAGCUGGAGCGAGCGAAUAAGUACAGUGUCAGUGAGUCAGUCACUGUGUGGAAAAUGGCCGAUGCGUUCGGACUGCAGACGGAAGAAGACCCCGCGGCCGCGUUCCUCGCGCAGCAACAGCACGAGAUCGCCGGCAUCGAGAACGACGAGGACAACUUUGGCUUCGAGUUCACGGCGCGCGACCAACAAGAAUCCCAACCGUCACAUCCGAGUCCGAACUCUUUCCAAGCAGAUGAGUUUGGAGGAGCAACUAUGAAUGGAGAACUGUUUCAGGAGUCCAACGACAUAGCAGACGGUUACGCGGCCAUCUCCCAGGCCGACGUGCAGCGGCAGGAGCCUGAAAGUUUACGCAAGUGGAGAGAGGAACAGAAGGAACGGCUGGAACAGUUAGAUACAGCGUCCAAGGCAGCAGAAGCUGAGUUAAGGCAGAAGGCAAAGAAGGAGCUGGAGGACUGGCACACUCACCAGCAGGAGCAAAUGGAGAAGAAUAAAGUCAACAACAGGAUCGCUGAUAAGGCUUUCUACAAACAGCCCAACUCUGAUGUGAUGGGCCUUGUAGCGUCAGAGGACGCCUUCCUGAAGGAGUGUGACGACGACAGCCCUGGCACCGAGUGGGAGAAAGUGGCCCGGCUAUGCGAUUUCAACCCUAAGACGAGCCGCCAGACCAAGGACGUGUCCCGAAUGCGCUCCGUCCUCAUUUCCCUGAAACAGACGCCGCUGGCUCGCUAAGGCCUCUCACUCCGCCUCACGUCUCGCCUUCGCUCCAUCUCCCUGUCUUUCUCGCACUUUAUUUUAGCACACUAAAAAUUUGGGUAUUCUUUCUUUCUGUCUGUCAUUUAAGGUGUAUGGUGAAUUGAAUCUUUUUUUUUUUUAAAUCCUGUUACAAAUAAUCUGUAUCAACUGACAGAAUAGAAUUUUUAUUUUUUUUGCUGUUUUUAUGCAAGAAAAAGAGCCUCUCGGGUAGGCUAGUUGAGGACCGAGCGCAGGAGUGUGACCCUCACACCACCUCAGAGCAAAAUUAAAAACUGACACGAUACUCUGGGUGGACAAAACAGCAGAGAUGAUACUGCUGUUGUACUUGUUACAUAUCACAAUUCUGAAGGAAGCUAAAAAGAAACUGUAAAAGAAGCAGUAAAACCACCUCUACAGUCAGAUGUUCAAGUGUUUACCAAAAUAAACAAUUUUAUAAGGAACAGAAGGCAAACUUUUAUGCAGUUUUAAUUUGAUUUGCUAUAUUUAUACCCUAUUUAUUAUUAUCAGGCUUGCUGUAAUGCAGUACUUCCCAGAUUGGUCCUCAGAGACAUCCAGAUGUUCUACUUUUAAACACUUAAAAUACCACACAAUGGUGGCUGUUGAUGAGAAUCAAGCCUCUAUCCAAAAUUGGUUUUAUUCACGAUAUAGUUCACUAUUGAAGCAUGUUUUAAUUCCACACUGCAUCACGAUAUCUUCUAGUAGUCAUAAAUACCCAUAAUGCACUGAGUUGCUGUUUGAUUUACAUGCAUGCACAUUCACUGAGAGAGCCAGCAAGAUAAAAUGGUAACAUCCAACUUUGUUAUACUUUUUUUUCUCUUUUAGCAACUUUAAGAGUCGACUCUUUCUGUUCCCAAAUGGCUCAUUGGUAAUUUUUCUCCAAACUGAACAAAGUUUGCAAUAUUUUGAUCGUUGAGUGUCUUUGCCUGAAAACUCUACCUUAAUUUUAUAGUUAAGAAAAUAACAUUACUUAUUACAGAAAAACAUAUUUAAAUUGACUAUAAUUGUUCAGAUAAAUCAGCAAAGCACUACAAAUAUGCGUAUGAUAAAGAUUCAUUUUAAUUCCUGCUCCUAAUCUUCCCUUAUACACCGAAGCUGAAAAGAGGUUUCCAUGGAAACAUUCUGAUCACACACACGUACUUUUGAUUACAUGUACACAUGCGAGUCAAUCAACGUCCACCGAAAAGAGAUGACUCGUUGACAAACGAUACGUCAUUAUUAUAAAUGUAAGGAGCGGAUUUCUGUAGUCACGUGUUCGGUCCACCAGCAGCAUCUUUACAUUGGUUUGUUUCAGGUCGUGCUUAUGUGAGUGUUGAACGAACCCAUGUAACGUAGCGUACAGCACAACGUCGUUUAAUCUUCUGUUCAAAUUCUGUUCCCUACAGCAGAGGAUUUGAGAUGCCUCAGAAGAUGAGAGACCUCAAAAAUGUGGACUGUCUGGGGGUCCUAAAGACCAAUUUGGGAAACCAUGCUUUAACUAGUAUAAAUAGUAGAAUGGAAGAAUACUGCGAAUAAAUGUGUGUUAACCCUACACUUCUGAUUAAGAUCAAAUUUGAAAACUCGCAGAUUAUUGUUCUCUCUUCAGAGAACGGCUAAAAACAAAGGUAUUUUAAUUUUCAAUUCAAAGUAAACUACAGCAUAUUCAUACUGUUGCUCAUAAUACUGCUUAUUGCAUGUUUUGCUUGUUUUUGCUCAAUUUCAUGAAGGUUGGCAAUAAGUAUACUUUUAUCCAUUCUUUUCGUAUUCACAUCAAACCUGUUGCAUUGCAAGUUAAAUCCCCCCCCCCCCAAAUAUUUCCUGAAAAUUAACAGUUCUAUUCAAGUAUGAUAUUUGUUCAGUGGAUUAUUUAUUGGUGGUCUUGUUUUUACCAUUCAGCCUCGCGUGUCUUGAUUAUAAAAAUUUUCAGGUUUGACCUGUAGCAGGCUUUGCCUUAAUUAGUAUUUCAUCUCAUCCAAGUUCAGAUAUAAUCAGUUGAGCAUGUGUUAGUGUUAGGGAUAUUUAUAUUUACCAUCAUUUCCAUUUACUGUCUUACAGCUCUGAGGCCUUUUCUCAAAGACAGAUUUUUAAAAAACUGUUACUUGCCUUUCAGCGGACCAGCUCUGUUGUGCUGUGCGACAGAUUGUGGUUUUUACUGGCUGCCAAAGACUGUAUGUUCAUGCCUGACUACGCUAUGAAAUAAAAAUAUAUUGGGACGGUUUUCCAGACACGACUCGAUUCAGUGCUUGGAUGUAGGAAAGCAUGGUUGGGUUAGGUGUUAUUUUGUCUGGACGAUCAUCUCAGGUUUAUUUCGUGUUGUUAGAGACACUUUUAGCAAACUAGGACGUGGUAGAGGUUUACAUGAAUUGUAACGGAAUACUUUCAAACUCUUGAUUGUGCGUGUAUGAAAAUGCAGACGCAAUUCUGAAAUGCACAACAUAAUAAAAAACAAUACGGCUUUU